GCACUUGACUGAGAGAGAAAGGCAGAAACUGCAGGUGUGGUCUCGAAUUAUGCCUUACAGAGAGUCCUUCGCCUGGGCUAUUGUUCCUUUAUUUGAUAAUAGCAUUGGUGCACCUUCUGGUGGAUCUGCUUCUCCUAGUAGCCCUCUUGCUCCUAGCAUGUCUGGGUCUAGUUCCCAUGAGGGUGUCCUUGAGUCUGUUGCAAAGAUUACAUUAGAUGGGAAGAUGGGUUAUUCAAGUGGAAGCUCUAUUGUUGUUGAAAUAUCUAACUUGCAUAAAGUGAAAGAAAGCUAUACUGAGGAGUCGCUUCAGGUAUGUUCAUGGAGUCAUCCUGUGCCAAUGGCAAUAGGAGAAGAUGAGGACAAGGUAGAGGGGGAUCAAGUUACCGAUGCAAUGUUCAUUAAGAGCCCCAACAAUGGUUCUGAUGGGCCUCAGAGUAGCAAUUCCAAGUGGAUUCCUAAUGAUGAGAAAAAUGCAUCUGGAAAUGGAAACACUCAUGGAAAUCCAGAUCUCAAUGUUGGUGAUUUCCAGGCAUUUGACUUUCGGACAACUUUGAGAAACGAACCAUUCUUGCAGCUUUUCCAUGCUCUAUAUGUAUAUCCUUUAACUGUGAGCUUGAGUAGGAAAAGGAAUCUAUUCGUAAGAGUUGAGCUAAGAAAGGAUGAUGCAGAUGUUCGUAGACAACCUUUAGAGGCAAUGUAUCCAAGGGAACCUGGUUUAUCACUUCAGAAGUGGGCUCACACGCAGGUUGCUGUUGGUGCUCGGGUGGCCUGCUACCAUGAUGAAACUAAAGUUUCUCUCCCUGCUGUUUGGACACCAUUGCAUCACCUUCUAUUCACUUUCUUUCAUGUUGAUCUUCAAAUGAAACUAGAAGCUCCAAAACCAGUAGUAAUUGGAUAUGCAGCACUUCCAUUAUCCACCCAUGCACAGUUGCGAUCAGAAAUUUCUCUACCGAUUAUGAGAGAACUGGUUCCACAGUAUCUUCAAGAAAAUGGAAAGGAGAGGCUGGAUUAUUUGGAAGAUGGAAAAACUAUUUUUAAAUUGCGAUUAAGGCUUUGCUCAUCUUUUUACCCAAUUAAUGAGCGUAUACGGGAUUUUUUCCUUGAAUAUGAUAGGCACACUCUUCGAACAAGCCCUCCCUGGGGUUCUGAACUUUUGGAGGCAAUUAAUAGCUUGAAGAAUGUCGAUUCAACUGCUUUGCUUCAGUUUCUUCACCCAAUUCUGAACAUGCUUCUCCAUCUUAUAGGAAAUGGUGGAGAAACCCUUCAGGUUGCAGCAUUCAGAGCCAUGGUUAAUAUCUUGACUCGGGUGCAGCAGGAGUCAGUUGAUGAUGCUGAACGUAAUCGCUUUCUUGUUAACUACGUAGAUUAUGCUUUUGAUGACUUUGGGGGUCGUCAACCACCUGUUUAUCCUGGGUUGUCUACUGUGUGGGGUAGCUUGGCUCGUAGUAAGGCCAAAGGAUAUCGUGUUGGACCAGUCUAUGAUGAUGUUUUGGCAAUGGCUUGGUUUUUCCUUGAGCUAAUGGUCAAGUCAAUGGCAAUGGAACAGACACGUCUUUUCUAUCAGAGUCUUCCAUCAGGUGAAGAUGUUCCCCCAAUGCAGUUGAAGGAGGGUGUCUUCAGAUGUAUAAUGCAGUUGUAUGAUUGCCUUUUGACAGAAGUUCAUGAACGCUGUAAGAAAGGUUUUAGCUUGGCAAAACGAUUGAAUAGCAGUCUGGCAUUCUUUUGUUAUGAUCUUUUGUCCACCAUUGAACCUCGCCAAGUUUUUGAACUGGUGUCACUAUACCUGGAUAAGUUUUCUGGGGUAUGUCAAUCAGUUCUGCAUGAGUGCAAGCUAAUAUUUUUGCAGAUCAUUUGUGAUCAUGACCUUUUUGUGGAAAUGCCUGGGAGAGACCCUUCAGAUAGGAACUACCUUUCCUCUGUGUUAAUUCAGGAGCUUUUCUUUACCUGGGAUCAUGAUGAUUUAGCUCAACGUGCCAAGGCAGCUAGAAUUUUAGUAAUUCUCUUGUGUAAGCAUGAGUUCGAUGCUCGAUAUCAAAAGCCUGAAGACAAGCUAUAUAUUGCCCAACUAUAUUUUCCACUUAUUGGCCAGAUCCUAGAUGAAAUGCCUGUCUUUUACAAUCUAAAUCCUGUUGAAAAGCGUGAGGUUUUGAUUGUUAUCUUGCAAAUUAUGCGCAAUCUGGAUGAUGCAUCACUAGUCAAGGCUUGGCAGCAAAGCAUUGCUCGAACUAGAUUGUUUUUCAAACUUUUAGAGGAAUGCUUGGUUCUCUUUGAGCAUAGAAAGCUGGCUGAUGGUAUACUUAUGGGCUCCAGUUCUCGCAGUCCUGUUGGUGAUGGUCCUGCUUCCCCAAAAUAUUCCGAUAGACUUUCUCCUGCUGUCAAUAAUUAUCUUUCUGAGGCAUCAAGGCAAGAAGUCAGACCUCAGGGAACACCUGAAAAUGGGCACUUGUGGCAGAGGGUGAAUUCUCAGCUAAGCUCUCCUAGCCAGCCAUAUUCCUUGAGAGAAGCUCUGGCUCAGGCACAAUCAUCUAGAAUUGGAGCUUCUGCCCAAGCACUUAGAGAAUCUUUGCACCCAAUUUUGCGACAGAAGCUGGAACUUUGGGAAGAAAACUUGAGCUCUGCUGUCAGUCUACAGGUCUUGGAGAUAACUGAAAAAUUUUCUGUGUUGGCUGCAUCCCGGAACAUAGCUACAGAUUAUGGAAAACUUGAUUGUAUCACAGCCAUAAUCAUGAGCUUCUUUUCCAAAAAUCAACCACUUACUUUCUGGAAAGCUUUCGUUCCUGUUUUUCACAAUAUCUUUGAUCUUCACGGAGCAACACUAAUGACUAGGGAGAAUGAUCGUUUCUUAAAACAAGUUGCCUUUCAUCUUCUUCGUCUCGCUGUCUUCCGCAAUGAUAAUAUCAGGAAAAGAGCUGUAAUCGGGCUCCUGAUACUUGUGAGGAGUUCUUUGUACUUCAUGCAGACUGCAAGGCUGAGGGUGAUGCUCACCAUUACAUUGUCAGAGCUGAUGUCUGAAGUGCAGGUGACACAAAUGAAGUCUGAUGGAACAUUAGAAGAAAGUGGUGAAGCACUGCGUCUCCGAAAAUCUCUGGAGGAAAUGGCAGAUGAAACAAAGAGCUCUAACCUAUUGAAGGAGUGUGGGCUUCCUAUAAAUGCUCUGUCAGUGACACCACAAAAGUUUGCAGAGAACAGGUGGUCCUGGUCAGAAGUGAAAUCCCUGUCUGAUAGUCUUCUUCUUGCCCUUGAUGCUAGUUUGGAACAUGCACUGUUGGUCUCUGUGAUGUCUAUGGAUAGAUAUGCUGCGGCAGAAAGCUUUUAUAAACUUGCAAUGGCAUUUGCUGCUGUUCCUGAUCUUCACAUAAUGUGGUUGUUGCAUUUGUGUGAUGCACAUCAGGAAAUGCAGUCUUGGGCUGAAGCUGCACAGUGUGCUGUUGCUGUUGCUGGUGUUAUAAUGCAGGCCCUUGUUGCUAGAAAUGACGGCAUUUGGAGCAAGGAUAAUGUAUCUGCUCUACGUAAAAUUUGUCCAAUGGUCAGCAGUGAAAUUUCAUCAGAAGCAUCGGCAGCUGAGGUGGAGGGAUAUGGUGCUUCGAAGCUCACAGUUGAUUCUGCUGUGAAGUACCUACAGCUUGCACAUAAGCUUUUCAAUCAAGCUGAACUCUAUCAUUUCUGUGCAAGUAUACUGGAACUAGUAAUUCCAGUAUAUAAGAGCAAGAGAGCAUAUGGACAGUUGGCUAAGUGUCACACAUUCUUGACAACUAUAUAUGAAUCAAUCCUGGAACAGGAAUCAAGUCCAAUUCCAUUCACUGAUGCCACAUACUAUAGAGUGGGGUUCUAUGGCGAGAAAUUUGGGAAGCUUAAUCAGAAGGAAUAUGUAUACCGUGAACCGCGUGAUGUUCGCUUGGGUGAUAUAAUGGAAAAACUUAGUCAUAUAUAUGAAUCUAGGAUGGAUGGGAAUCACACUCUGCGUAUUAUUCCAGAUUCAAGACAAGUCAAGGCAGAGGAAUUGCAGCCUGGAGUCUGCUCCCUGCAAAUAACAGCUGUUGAUCCUGUUAUGGAAGAUGAAGAUUUAGGAAGCAGAAGGGAGCGUAUCUUUUCUCUUUCUACUGGAAGUAUUCGUGCACGUGUCUUUGACCGGUUCCUGUUUGAUACUCCAUUCACAAAAAAUGGCAAGACCCAAGGUGGAUUGGAAGACCAGUGGAAAAGGCGGACCGUGCUUCAGACUGAGGGCUCUUUCCCUGCUUUGGUGAAUAGACUCUUGGUGAUAAAGUCUGAAUCACUUGAAUUCUCCCCAGUUGAAAAUGCAAUUGGAAUGAUUGAAACUCGGACAGCUGCACUACGAAAUGAGCUUGAAGAGCCCCGUAGUUCUGAAGGAGAUCAACUUCCACGUCUUCAAAGUCUUCAGAGAAUUCUUCAAGGCAGUGUUGCAGUUCAGGUGAAUAGUGGAGUGUUGAGUGUCUGCACAGCUUUCUUGUCAGGUGAACCUGCUACAAGGUUGCGCUCACAGGAGCUGCAGCAACUAAUUGCUGCACUGCUUGAAUUUAUGGCUGUAUGCAAGCGCGCCAUCCGAGUACACUUCAGAUUGAUUGGAGAGGAUGAUCAGGAUUUCCACACACAACUUGUGAAUGGGUUUCAGUCUCUAACUGCAGAAUUAUCCCAUUACAUCCCUGCUAUCCUGUCCGAGCUAUAAAAUUAUUACUUGCGCAGUUGCUUCUCUGGUUCCCUUCUGUACAUUUGCUAAUAUCUCACGGUUGGUUCGUUGUAUGCGGUGGACUGAUUUUAUCCCAAUUCAAUCUCUUUGUACCUUUGUUAAGCAUUUGUGUUGUGUAAAGGCUGUACAUGUUUGGCAGCUUACACGUAACCUGUACUACAAUGUUGUAAUUUUCUUUCUUGAUUUUUCUUAAAGCUGUUUGAUUUUAUUUUCUUUUUAUUAUAUUCUAAUUUGCUAAAGCUUUUCACUUUUAUAUUUAGGCAAUAAGACUUCUUUUCACGA